AUGACAGGUCAGAGCCUGGGGGAGCUGGGCGGCGGACAUUACUUUGAGGAUAAUGCAUCAACGAUCCGCAUCAACGUGGGUGGCUUCAAGAAGAGACUCCUUUCCAACAUGCUCUCCCGAUUCCCAGAGACAAGGCUGGCCCGUCUGCUCCACUGCCAGUCCAAAGAGUCCAUACUGGAGCUCUGUGACGACUACGACGACACCGAGAAGGAGUUCUACUUCGACAGGAACCCCGCUCUGUUCCCCUACGUGUUGAAUUUCUACAACACGGGGCGGCUGCACGUCAUGGCUGAGCUGUGCAUUUUCUCCUUCAGCCAGGAGAUUGAGUACUGGGGCAUCAACGAGUUCUUCAUCGACUCCUGUUGCAGUAACGCGUACCACUGCCGGAAAAUUAGCCCGGAACAAGACGACUGGGAUGACAAGAGCGACGAGGGAAGCACCACCUCGUCUUUCGACGAGCUUUUAGAGUUCUACAAUGACGCCACCAAGUUUGACAAGCAGCUCCUGGGGAGCGCACGGAGACGCUUGUGGCUGAUGCUGGACAACCCCGGGUACUCGGUGGCCAGCCGCAUCAUAAGCAUCCUCUCUAUCCUGGUCGUUCUGGGCUCUAUUGCCACCAUGUGUAUGAACAGCAUGAGCGAGUACAGCUUGCUGGACAGCGAUGGGGAACCUACAGAAGACCCCCGGUUCGAGACGGUAGAACACUUCGGCAUCGGCUGGUUCACGUUUGAGUUGGUGGCCCGGUUCCUCGUGGCGCCAGACCUGCUCCAUUUCUUCGAACACCCGUUAAACGUAAUUGACCUGGUGUCCAUCCUUCCGUUUUACUUGACACUCAUCAUCAACCUGGUGGUGGAGAGCAGUCCCGCGCUGGCCAAUUUGGGGCGUGUGGCACAAGUGCUGAGGCUUAUGAGAAUUUUCCGCAUCCUUAAGCUCGCCCGUCACUCCACGGGGCUGCGCUCUCUCGGGGCAACCCUCAAGAACAGCUACAAGGAAGUGGGUCUGCUGCUCCUCUAUCUCGCCGUCGGGGUGUCCUUCUUCUCCGUGAUGGCCUACACCGUGGAGAAAGAGGACAGUGAAGAUCUUUCUACCAUCCCCGCCUGCUGGUGGUGGGCCACCGUAAGCAUGACCACGGUCGGUUACGGUGACGUGGUGCCGGUGUCCAUAGCAGGCAAGCUAACCGCCUCGGCGUGCAUCCUGGCUGGGAUCCUAGUGGUCGUGCUGCCCAUCACGCUCAUUUUCAACAAGUUCUCCCUCUUCUACAAAAGACAAAAGCAGCUGGAAAUUGUCAUGAGAAGCUGCGAUUUCGAUGAGGGAAUAAAAGAAGUGCCGUCGGUCAACCUGAGGAACUAUUACGCGCACAAAGUCAAAUCCCUUAUGGCGAGCUUGUCCAAUAUGAGCCGGAGCUCACCAAGUGAACACAGUCUAAAUGAAUCGAUACACUGA